AUGGCAAAGAAAACUUUUGACACGAAGAAGGAUUUCGCAGAGAUUCUUGCAGAGAUUCAGCGGGGGUCAGAUGUUGAGUUUGAAGACUCAUCUGACUCUGAAAGUGGUAAUGAUGCCGGCUCUGAGGAGGAGGCAUUGUUUUUGAGCGACCUGGACCCAGUCAAUGAGUGAGUAUUUGCAAAUAUUUAUAAGGCUCAGUGUUGUGUAAAUUGAUAUGCACAGUAAACCUUUGUAAAAAAAAAAAAAAAGUAGUAAUAACACAGUAGUAAUUAUGACACUCAAUAGUAUUGAAUAUUACUGCAGUUUCACAGUAUUUAUUUAUUUUGGGCUAACUUUGCUUGCAGAUACUGCAUUUUAUCUGCCUUCAAAAAUAUAUUUGAUAAAAAAAAAGACAUGAAGGAAAUAUAAAUGCAAACAAAAUGUAGUACAGGUGACAGCUUCUCAAUUUAUUGAAUGUUUACGUAUGUCCACAGCUGUUCAAAUGUUGUUUAUUUUUGUUCUACAUAGUAAUUUAUCACCAUUUUCACAGCCAGCAAGAGGAGGAGAGUCAAGAACAAGCAGGCCCAUCGGGGGUUUUCACACCUCCAACAAUACCUGCAGCAGUCACCCCUCCCCCACCCUUGCCUGCAAGAGUGUCACCACUUGAAACAAGGUUUGUGUCCUGUGUCCUGAACAUUUGUGUAGUUUGGGUCUCUAAAAGAAAUAAUACACUCUUUACUGCUUCAAUUAUGUAUUUAUAUGUCUUAUUCUUUGUAGAAAUUGAUGUGAAUCAUCAGUCUUCUAAAUAUGUUUCUUUCAACAUCUUGUACUCCUUUUUUCAUGCAACAGUGAGGAGGAAGAUGAAGGUAAAGAGUAUGUGCCACCACAGCACAGAUCCUCUUCAUCGUCCGGUUCUUGGCCUUCUUCCCCUGCCCCCAAGAGAGCUCGUGGUCGUGGUCGUGGUCGUGGCCGGCAAGCCAGCAAGCGGCCAAGACCGGCUCCUAUACACCCGGAGGCUCAGCUUGAAAGAUGGCACACUAAAGAAGAGCCAGAUGUUGAGCCUCCAAGACCACGGUUUGAGCCAAAGAAUCCACCAGGACCAAGGAUCGACACCACGGUACAGUGGUCCCCGCUCAGCCUCUUCAGGUUGUUCUUUAGCAGCAGCACCAUAAACACUAUCAUCAACAAUACAAAUGCCAAUGCUGCACGACGGUUGGCACAAGGUGCAAAAUACAAGUGGUCUCCCCUCUCAGGUGACUCUUUCUAUCUCUUCCUGUCAAUAGUUUUGUUCUUCGGCUUGGUAAGUGUACACUCUAGGAAUGACUAUUGGCGGAGGGACUGGCCAUACCAAUUUGUCUUUCCUAAGUGUAGCAUGGCAAGGGACAAAUUUGAGGCCAUCUUUUGGUCUCUUCAUCUCUCUAAUGUUGCAGAGGAUGAAGAGAAUGAAAGAAAAAGGGGAACACCUCAAUUUGACAGGCUAUUCAAAAUCAAGCCACUCUAUGGUGAGAUUGUGAAUGCCUGUAACUCCCUUUUUCAGCCAAACCAGAGCAUCACUAUUGACGAGCGAAUGGUGGCCAGCAAAGCACGCAUUGGAUUUAGGCAGUACAUGAGAGAUAAGCCAACAAAAUUCGGCUACAAAUUAUUCGUAUUGGCAGAUUCUAAAACAGGCUUCACUUCAAAUUUUUUUGUUUAUCAAGGUAAAGAUGAUACCAAGGUCAAACAGAGGGGACAGACGGAGGAUGGCCUUAGUGUCACAUCCGUCAUGAACCUGAUGAAGUUUGAUCUCCUUGGGAAAGGCUAUCAUCUUUACGUUGAUAACUUUUACACCAGUCCACGGCUUUUCUUGAAAUUACUCCAAAAUCACACUGUAGCUUGUGGCACCAUUCGGUCAAAUAGGGAGGGAUUUCCUAGGACAACUGUGAAUGACCUCCCAAAGAAACCUGAGAUGGGAGACAUGAGAUGGAUAAGGAAGGGCAACCUACUUUUUGCACGGUGGAUGGACACAAAAAUUGUCAACAUCUGCAGCACCUUCCACAAGGCAUAUAGCGGGGCCACUGUACAGAGGAGGGUAAAGGGACCAGAUGGACGCUGGCACAGGGGUCCUGUUGAGGUACCAGACGCAUGCAGGGACUACAACAUCAACAUGGGUGGUGUGGACCUCUCGGAUGCUCUGAUCCAAUAUUACACCGUCCACAGCAAGACAGUGCGGUGGUAUAAAACAUUUUUCUACCAUUUCGUUGAUAUUGCUGUGGUCAACAGCUUCAUUCUCCACAAAGCAGUGGCCACCUGCCAAAACCAGACCCCUAUGUCCCUCAAAAGGUUCAGGGAGGUUUUGAUGAAGGAAAUGGUUGAGCAGGCUCAACCUAUUCCUGCUGCAGCCACCCCUGGCCCGAGCGGUACUAACACCUGCAUGCCUGAGUUCAGGGGGGGUGAUGGCACUCAGCAGCGCAGGAAAUGUGUGGUCUGUGCAGCCAAGGAAAGGGAAAAGGCCAAACAGGUGCAGGGCUACAAGGCAAAGGACAUGAAGACACCAGUUUUCUGUUCAAGGUGCAAUGUGUCACUUUGCCUUGUGCCCAGAAGAAACUGCUUUGUGGAGUAUCACAAAAAGCAAUAACUUGUUGGGUAUUCAAGAACCAUAUUCAUCCCUUUACAUACUGUAAUAUUGUUUGUUGUGUUUUGCUGUGUUUUUUGUUUACCUGCACAUUCCAUUCGUUUACAUUUAUAUUGAUCACUUUAUAUUUUAUUUAUUUAUUGUUUGUUUGUUAGAUUUUAUUUACAAAAAGAACUGUAGCUGGAAAGCCAUACCAUCCCCUUAUUUCUCAUUGUAAAUAGUUUUGUUGCACCUUUUACUUACAUUUCAUUUGCACUAAUUGUGUUUGCUGUGUUUUAUAUUGUUAUCUAUUGUUUUUUAUUUUAUAUUUGUUGCACCUUUACUAUUUAUUUUACAUUGUUUGCACUGAGUGGUUGUUUCUCUUUUUGCACUUUUCUUUAAAUAAAAAUACUCCCUGUGGAGCCAAAAAAUGUAGACUUUCCUGUUAUUUUUCAUUAUUCUUUAUCUCAUAUAAACAAAUAUAUUGUGCAGAAUGGUAGAAAUUGAUGAGUCACAAGGUAAAUUUCAUAUCCAAAGGCUCCAAUAGUUAGUAGGAGACUAGUCUAAUGGAAAUUAAUUGUAAUUUGGAGCCAGUUUUCAUCAGAGGUAGAAAAUAAUCCAUUUGGCACAAAGUGUGCCAAAUUGUGCCAAAUUGUGCCAAACUGAGUCCUCGCCAGGGUGUAUCCUUACAAAAACCUUCAUGUAGGCUUUACUGUUUGCCCAAAUUCUAUCAAAUUUGGUACAUUUGUGGUCAAGGAGUGGAUGAAGCUAAUCAGUGACAUCUGGGGGCCUGAAAUCAUUGCCAGCAUUGUGUUUUCCCCCGUCAAAAAAAGAAAACAUUUUGGCGAGGGUAAAAAAACGUAACUUUUCCUCUGAUUUAUUCCAAUUUACUCAGGCAUAAUGACAGAUAAAACACUUCUGACACUUGGAACACAUUCUCUGAAGUCUCUAGAUGUCCAAGGAUACAAAGAACAUGCAUUUAACCUUUAGUAAAGUGUAGUAAUUCCUCAUUUAAUUUGGGUAUGUCUUGUAGGCGUUUUUUUUCCUUAAAAUAUGCUUAGGGCUUAACGUGUGCCGGUAUGGCGCGGUUCCGGUGUGUUGGGUGCUCGAAAAUUUGACUCAAUUCAGCAAUUAGAUCCAAGAGCAAGGCUCUAGGGAGUCUAGGCUAGGCUUAUAGUCUAGGCUAGGCUUAUUAGCCAUUCAUCAUCAUGAGCCAGGAAAUCUUCCCGAUCUUGGAACACCCUCUCCAGCCGGAUCCGUCCAUUGGCGUGGUCUUCGAGAAGCGCAAGUGCAUCCAUUGUGCUGCAUUGCGCACGACUGUCACUGUAUGACUUUUUAUACGCGCGCUUUCCAUUAACCAAUUGUUCUCACCUUGCUCCAAUUGUCUCCAAAAAGUGCGUAAGCAAGGUGUGGAGUUUGCUUAAAGUUGCGCACAUUCCUACGCUAGGUUUUUUUUUGCGUAAGAAGUGGCAUACGCACUUCCAAGCCAGGUUUUGUGCGUAAGCAAGCUUUAAAAAUGAGGCCCCAGCUCCCUUAUUACCAGGUCAGAAUUCUUUGUCUUUGGUUUAACAGCCUAGUAUCUAUAGAUAUCAGUAUAAUAUCUAUCUAAUAUCAGCCUAAUAUUAGCCUAAUAUCUAAUAUCAGUCUAAAACUUUCAUCUAUCUAAUAUCAGUAUUAUAUCCAUUUAAUAUCAAGUGUCAGUAUAAUAUUGUACAAAACUUAGCCCUAACCCUAAACCUUACAUCAGUUUCAUGUCAUUGUGAUAACAGUUUAAUAUCUGUCUUAAACUUAUAUCUAUCUUUUAUCGGUCUAAUAUCAUUCUAAUAUCAGUUCAAUAUCUAGUAUAAGCCUAAUGUCAGUCCAAAGUUAACCCUUACCCUAGCCAUUACCUUAUCAAACGUCAGUCUUAUGUUAUUGUAAUAUCAGUCUUAAAUCUUCUAAGAAAUGGCAAAGCUCGACGUGAGGUGACUCGUCUGGUGUUUAACUACCAUUAUCCAGUUGUAAUACCCUUCCACCACUGAUAAGGCCAAUCCUAGUGGUGGAAGGGUAUUCUCAACCCUCUUUUGCCCUCAGGCCGUCAUUGUAGGGCUCCUUUGA